UUAUCUCCCUUCAGGGGAAGCUGCCAUCGCCGCCCGGCCUCGGCCCGCGGCCCCUGCGGCCAAGAUGGACCUGGGCAGCGCCGCCCGGAGAGCGGGAGCUGCCCCCGCAACCCCGGCCGCCUGGAGACCUUUCCCCUCCGCCUGCUGCUGCUGCUUCGCCUCGCUCCUGGAUGUGAACAGCUGGCUGCUCUUCUACGGCUUCCUCUACCUGGCUCUCUACGCCCAGGUGUCCCAGUCCAAGUCCUGCGACAAAAUCUCCUGCUUUUCGGGUCAUUGUGUCAACUCCACCUGUGUCUGCGACCAGGGCUGGGUGGGAGACCAGUGCCAACACUGCCAGGGCAGGUUCAAGUUAACAGAACCUUCUGGAUAUUUAACAGAUGGACCCAUAAAUUAUAAAUAUAAAACUAAAUGUACAUGGUUAAUUGAAGGAUACCCAAAUGCGAUACUAAGAUUAAGAUUUAAUCACUUUGCCACAGAAUGUAGUUGGGACCAUAUGUAUGUAUAUGAUGGAGAUUCGAUAUAUGCACCUUUAAUAGCUGUAUUUAGUGGUCUAAUAGUCCCUGAAGUGCGUGGAAAUGAAACUGUUCCUGAAGUAGUUACUACAUCUGGCUAUGCAUUGCUCCACUUUUUUAGUGAUGCUGCUUAUAACCUAACGGGAUUUAACAUUUUUUAUUCAAUUAAUUCCUGUCCUAAUAACUGCUCAGAACAUGGGAAGUGUACAACCAGUGUGUCUGUACCAAGCCGGGUAUACUGUGAGUGUGACAAGUAUUGGAAAGGAGAAGCCUGUGAUAUUCCAUACUGUAAAGCCAACUGUGGCAGUCCAGAUCAUGGGUACUGUGAUUUGACAGGAGAGAAGCUGUGUGUUUGCAAUGAUAGCUGGCAAGGUCCAGAUUGUUCUCUGAACGUCCCUUCCACGGAGUCUUACUGGAUUCUCCCAAACGUGAAGCCAUUCAGCCCUUCCGUGGGCCGCGCUUCCCACAAGGCCGUCCUACACGGGAAGUUUAUGUGGGUGAUUGGUGGAUACACUUUUAACUACAGUUCCUUCCAAAUGGUGUUGAACUACAAUUUGGAAAGCAGUAUAUGGAAUGUAGUACCUGUAUCCAAAGGGCCACUCCAGAGAUACGGGCACACUCUUGCUUUGUAUCAGGAAGACAUCUACAUGUAUGGAGGCAAAAUUGAAACAAAUAAUGGCAAUGUUACUGAUGAACUGUGGAUUUUCAACAUACACAGUCAAACAUGGAGCUCCAGAACUCCUGCAGUACUUGUACAUGGCCAGCAAUAUGCUGUGGAAGGUCAUUCAGCACACAUAGUAGAGCUGGACAGCAGAGAUGUGGUUAUGAUUAUAAUUUUUGGAUAUUCUUCCAUAUAUGGUUACACAAGCAUUGUGCAAGAAUACUACAUCAGGUCUAAUUCUUGGCUUGUACCAGAAACAAAAGGAGCAAUUGUGCAAGGUGGAUACGGCCAUACAAGUGUCUAUGAUGAACUGACUAAAUCUAUUUAUGUCCAUGGUGGAUACAAAGCGUUACCUGGCAAUAAAUAUGGAUUGGUGGAUGACCUUUACAGAUAUGAAGUUAAUACACGGACAUGGACUAUUUUGAAAGAGAGUGGUUUUGCAAGAUACCUUCAUUCAGCUGUCUUAAUCAAUGGAGCUAUGCUCAUUUUCGGUGGAAACACUCAUAAUGAUACUUCACUGAGCAAUGGUGCAAAGUGUUUUUCUGCUGACUUUCUUGCAUAUGAUAUAGCUUGUGACGAAUGGAAAGUUUUGCCAAAACCUAAUCUGCAUCGAGAUGUCAACAGAUUUGGUCACACUGCUGUUGUCAGUAACGGGUCCAUGUAUAUAUUUGGGGGUUUUUCAAGUGUUCUAUUGAAUGACAUCCUCGUGUACAAGCCUCCAAACUGUGAGGCAUUCAGAGAUGAAGAGCUGUGUAAAAAUGCUCGUCCAGGAAUAAGAUGCCUGUGGAAUAAAAAACACUGUGAAUCUUGGGAAUCUGGACAUGCUAAUAACAUCCUUAGAGCAAAAUGUCCUAAGAAAACAGCUGCUGCAGACGACAGAUGUUACCGGUACGCGGACUGUGCGAGCUGCACUGCCAACACAAACGGGUGCCAGUGGUGUGAUGACAAGAAGUGCAUUUCGGCAAAUAGUAACUGUAGCAUGUCAGUUAAAAACUACACCAAAUGUCACGUGAGAAAUGAACAGAUCUGCAAUAAACUGACCAGCUGCAAGAGCUGCUCCCUGCACCUGAACUGCCAGUGGGACCAGAGGCAGCAGGAGUGCCAGGCACUACCUGCUCAUCUGUGUGGAGAAAGAUGGAGUCAUAUUGGAGAUGCCUGCCUCCACAUAAAUUCUAGUCGUGAAAGCUAUGACAAUGCUAAGCUGUAUUGCUACAACUUAAGUGGAAAUCUUGCCUCAUUAACAACCUCAAAAGAAGUGGAAUUUGUUCUGGAUGAAAUACAGAAGUAUACACUUCAGAAAAUUUCACCUUGGGUAGGUUUACGCAAGAUCAACAUCUCCUACUGGGGCUGGGAUGACAUGUCUCCUUUUACAAAUACAACCCUGCAGUGGCUUCCUGGAGAGCCAAAUGACUCUGGCUUCUGUGCCUAUCUGGAGAGAGCAGAGGUGGCAGGUCUGAAAGCAAAUCCCUGCACUGCAAUGGCAGAUGGCCUUGUGUGUGAAAAACCUGUUGUCAGUCCCAACCAGAAUGCCAGACCCUGCAAAAAGCCAUGCUCCCUGCGAACAACAUGUUCCAACUGCACGAGCAAUGGUAUGGAAUGUAUGUGGUGCAGCAGCACCAAGAGAUGUGUUGACUCCAAUGCCUAUAUCAUCUCCUUCCCCUAUGGACAGUGCCUGGAAUGGCAAACUGCCACAUGCUCCCCUCAAAACUGCUCUGGACUGAGGACCUGUGGACAGUGUUUGGAACAGCCUGGGUGUGGAUGGUGCAAUGAUCCCAGUAACACUGGUAAAGGACAAUGUUUGGAAGGAUCAUCACGAGGUCCAAUGAAGCCUGUUGGUAAUGAAAUGGUGCUUGAUGCUGGUCUUUGCCCAAAAGAGAAAAAUUAUGAGUGGUCUUUUAUCCAGUGUCCAGCUUGCCAGUGUAACGGCCACAGCACCUGCAUCAACAGCAAUGUCUGUGAUCAAUGUAAAAACCUCACAACAGGAAAACAGUGUGAGACGUGCAUGCCAGGAUAUUAUGGGGAUCCCACAAAUGGAGGACAGUGCACAGCUUGCACAUGCAGCGGACAUGCAAAUAUAUGUCACAUGCAAACAGGAAAAUGCUUCUGCACAACUAAGGGAAUCAAAGGAGAUCAGUGUCAACUCUGUGACUCUGAAAACAGGUAUCUUGGAAAUCCACUUAGGGGAACAUGCUACUACAGCCUUUUGAUUGACUACCAGUUUACCUUCAGCUUAUUACAAGAGGAUGACCGCCAUCACACUGCCAUAAACUUUAUAGCAAAUCCAGAACAGUCAAAUAAAAAUUUGGACAUAUCAAUUAAUGCAUCAAACAACUUCAACCUCAAUAUUACAUGGUCUAUUGGUUCUACAGCUGGAACAAUAUCUGGAGAAGAGAUUCCCGUUGUUUCUAAGGCUAAUAUUAAGGAAUACAGAGACAGCUUUUCCUGUGAAAAAUUUAACUUUCGAAGCAACCCAAACAUCACCUUCUAUGUCUAUGUCAGCAAUUUCUCCUGGCCAAUCAAAAUACAGAUUGCCUUCUCACAGCACAAUACUAUCAUGGAUCUGGUGCAGUUCUUUGUCACCUUCUUCAGUUGUUUCUUAUCCUUACUGCUGGUAGCUGCUGUCGUUUGGAAAAUCAAACAAACCUGUUGGGCUUCUCGACGGAGAGAGCAACUUAUGCGGGAGCGACAGCAGAUGGCCAGCCGCCCCUUUGCUUCUGUCGAUGUAGCACUGGAAGUAGGAGCUGAGCAAACAGACUUUCUACGAGGGCCAUUAGAGGAUCGACCACAAGGACUGAAUAAUGCUCCCAAAGAAAUACGUUUGGAUGAAGAUGACUGAACAUGCAGAUCCAAAGGCCUUUUAGGAUAUGGUGAACCUUUGGCCUUGGAUGAAGAAUGUUCUUGGAUGAAAGAACUCCAGCUGAAAGACUUUGUCUUUGCCUUUUGCCUUGAGAAAUGCAAAGAUAUGAAAGACAUAAAGGAAACAAAGAUUUGCAGCUGAAUUCUUGCAGGGUGCAGUGACAGUGGCUGACACGCAGCCAGCCUGCCUCAGUAUUAUGGAAUGUCACAUGCUUGUAUGCCUCACCAGUCUCCUAUGGCUCCCCAGAAGCCUCACACACAUUUUUAUGUUUUUCUGCUUUCUAUUUGCAAAUUAGAUUAGCAAAUUUUAAUUGCAUAGUUUCUGCAGUGAUGUUAGCACCUCUGGGAUUUAUGUGUGUCGUGUUCAGUUCAAAAGGUAAAUGCAGAAAAUACUUAUUAUGCUUGGUUCAUCAGAUUACAAUACCAUGCUGGUACCUGCAGCUGAAUAGGCAGCUAAGUAAUAAUCUUAGCUUUUCUUCAUGGUUAAUGACUUGCCUAAGUUUAAAAUGGCAAGAGUUCCCUAACUGAGUCAAGGAACUGACAUUCACAGUAUGGUCAGCCGUGGCUGCCUGGGCAUUCGAACAGAUUUCUUACUCAAAUGUGUUUAACUAAGUCAGUAGGAGGAUAUCUAGUGACUUUGUACAUUUCCUUACUAAAUAUUCAAGAUACUUGAAACUUGAUUAUACAUUUAAUUAUUUCACUUCUUGAAGUGUCCUUAUUUUCACUUUUAACAAGUCAUAGCUCUGCUAGACCAAUUAUGUUUAAUAUCUUAGAAUGACUUGAACCACAGAGUGCUAAGGUUGACCUUCAAAAUGUGUCUGUAUACAGACAUAUCACCUAACCAUGUUAGUUACCUGAGUAAUUCUGCUAAUGUGUUGAAAAACAAUUACUACAUACAGAGAAAUACUGUACCAAAGUUAAAGGGCUUGCUUUGCCUUUGUCUGUCCUUGAAUCAAUCCACAUGGAGAGAGGUUUAGUGAUUUUCACUGUCUUGGGUAGAAUUAUUAAUUCUCCUGUUUCCAUACCAACUCCCAUGCCACAGUACCUUUUGUGCCAACUGGGCUUGCUUAGUAGGUCUGCAAGAAUUUACAGUAUCUCUGAUCUAAAAUGUGACCCCUAGCCUAUGUAGUCACCACAUGUCUCAAAGGACAGACCUGAACAGAAACUAUUUAAUCAAAAAAUGCAUCCUCCUCCAGGGUAGCUUAGGUGAGCCAAGAUGAGGACAUAUUAAUUUAAUUCUCUAAAAUGCCCUCUGUAAAUUAAAGUCUUUCUUCACCAGCUCUGUUUUUUCUUGCCCUCCCACCUGGUCUAGCUUUACAAAUACAGUUCUAGAAGCUGUUUUGAGCCAAGAAGUAGACUUGAUAAUAGGGACACUGCCUCUUAACAAGCCUUAGCUUUUGACCUGAAGGACUGGGAGACAUGAGCCUAUCAUCAUUAUUGGUUUUACUUGCUUGUCUUUUGCAUCUCUCUGUAUCUCUUCCUCUCCCCCUGUUUUCUGGCCUUAACUAUUCAUAAAAAUUGUGCAUGACUAUUGGAAAUGUCAGCUGUUGCAGGGUCUCUUUUCCAGCCUGAUUAAUAUGAAAUAAUUCCUAUUGAGGUAUAUAUGUGUGUGUUCAUGUGUGCAAGUUGUUAAUAUAAGCUGCUACCAACUUGUAAAAAUGCAUUGAGAUCAUUGGAAUGUGUGUAUACGUAAAGCAAGCUACAACGUAAGAUUUCUAGAUGCUGGACAGUUAAACUCCUUUGUUUAUCACUGAUUCUUAAUGUACUGAUGCUGUUUUGUUACUGAACUAAUAAAAAAAACCUUUACCAA